GUUCGAAAUAGAUUUUUUUUUAGCUUGUUGUUCAUCAAAAUAAGAAGACAAAGCCAGUAACAGCAGAAACAAACUGCCGAGCGUCGCCGUUGGACGUUGCCGUUAUGUUUGUGGUAUGGGGGGUUGUGUUGGUGCUAGGCCUCGCCACAGGUAAGAGAGACCCAGCAGCCCAAGCCAACGUGGACCCCAGAACUGGUAGUCUUCAUGGAAUGUCCGUGAGGCUGGUGUUGGAUCCUCUGGUGCGUCAGAUGGUUACCACUCCUCUACCAGACAUUGCCAAUAUAUCUUUGUCGCCCUGGACUUACAGAGAGUCCAGUGUGGCUUCACGUGUUCCGAGGGUGCUCUCCAAUGCUCACUGCCUGACAAGCGGCUGUCUGAGCCACCCGGGCGGUGAGGAAGAUGCAGCCUUGCGGGUCAAACCUAUCAAGUACCAGGUCCUGGUUUUGCACAGGGUCCCAAGUCAAAGGCAAAAUAACAACUCAAGGAAGAAGAAGAGGAGGAGGAGGAACAAAUAUGAGUUCAGACUGGAAACAGAGGUUAUUACAGUGGGUUGCACCUGUGUCAGGUCCAUUGUUUGACUUCUUACAUUUUACCUGCUAAUUAACAUACAGUUAACUUGACUUAA